GGCCCUAACCUGAUUAUUAAUCAGCCCGACGAACUGCUGGAUAGCAUGUCCGAGUGGUGCAAGGAGCAUCACGGCAAGUCUGGCCUUACUAAGGCCGUGAAGGAGAGUAAAAUUUCAUUGCAGCAAGCAGAGUAUGAGUUUCUGUCCUUUGUGCGACAACAGACGCCCCCGGGUCUCUGUCCUCUCGCAGGUAACUCCGUUCAUGCAGAUAAGAAAUUUCUUGACAAAUACAUGCCUCAGUUCAUGAGGCACCUUCAUUACAGGAUCAUUGAUGUGAGCACUGUGAAAGAACUUUGCAGACGCUGGUAUCCAGAAGAAUACGAGUUUGCACCAAAGAAGGCGGCUUCUCACAGAGCACUCGAUGACAUCAGGGAAAGCAUCAAAGAGCUUCAGUUCUACAGAGAUAGCAUCUUCAAGAGGAAAACGGAUGAAAAGAAAAGGAAACUAAUAGAGAACGGAGAAAGCGAUAAAACCGCCAGCUGAUUUCUCAUCUUACCGUGCCAUCCUGUAGCACACACUACAUGUGUCUCCCGGUUCUUUUCUGUUUGCUGGUCUCUCCAGAAGCUACACCCUUCAGUUACCGUGUUUCUUAAGAGCUGUUAAAAUGCAGAUGGAAGCCUAAGUUACUGCUUCUUUUCUGUUUGAGCAAGGGAUCGACAUGCUCGAGCCUCAGCAGCAUCUUUGUUUGUACGUACUAGGUAAAACACGCCUCUUCAUCUGGUUUUAGUUGCAGUCUUGCACUACACAAUAAAAACAGUUCUGUUGAAAGACGGGGUUU